GGAAAUAACGCGUCAGGUGCCAAACAUGCUGUCCUACAUAAAGCGCAAGCUUUCCGAGUCCGACAGCGGCGUCAAUUCUGGCCCAACAGUGACGUCUACGUGCGGCGGGAGCGGGAGUAGUGGAAGUGGGAGCGCCGCGGGCGGUACGAGCGGUUCGAGCAGCAGCGGUAUCAGCACAAGCGGACGCAGCAACAACGCCGACGAGUUAGUGCGCAAAACGAACCAGAUGUCGAUGGACGAGGAGGCGAUUGCCUUCGGCGAGGACGCACUCCUCCACGAACUGGGCUACAGGAAUGCCACGGAUCUGCAGGAGACCAUCUACGAUCUGCUGCGCAGCAUUCGCGAUCCAGAGAAACCGUGCACCUUGGAGGACUUGAACGUCAUCUACGAGGAUGGGAUUUUCGUGAUGCCCCCCACGCGCUCAAAUGUCUCAGUUGUACGAAUCGAAUUCAAUCCCACAGUGCCCCAUUGCUCGCUCGCCACACUUAUUGGACUCUGUAUACGCGUGAAAGUGGAACGUGGACUGCCGCACAAUAUAAAACUAGACAUAUACAUCAAAAAGGGAGCCCACCAAACGGAGGAAGAAAUCAAUAAGCAAAUCAAUGACAAGGAGCGCAUCGCUGCGGCCAUGGAAAACCCAAAUUUGCGGGAGCUGGUCGAAAACUGUAUCAAGGAUGAAGAGUAGGCUCUCUGCGGUCUGGCUUUGUGUAAAUAGGAGAUUUUGUCAGGAAUGUCUAGGGUUAAGUAUACCAUUAAGUUGCGUCAUGGACUGUGUGCUUAGCAUUAAAGCCCUUAAAAUCUGUUAAUCGCCGGGUUGGGGCGGCGUGAUUCCACCUGAA